CUGUGUCAGCAGAGCAGAGUACAGGACACAUUGCUUUCUCCCUCUUUUUGUCAUGACAGUGUGAUGUGGGAGAGUGUGUUCAGGACAGGGGAGGAGAAAAACAAACUCCUGCUGCACCUCUCCCUCUAUUUGGAUUCCAUCCAGGAUUUUUUUGUUUGGGUUUUGCUGUACAUGAAGAAGACUGACAGUGGUGCACUCUACGUGACAAGCUGUGUGUUUGCUAAGUCCUGCUGCUUUUCUUUUGUUGUUACUGGAAACUUGCCCUUAGGUAAAGUAAACUUCCAUCAUGCUUUGUUAGAAGGAUUGACUUUUUCAGACUGACAAUCAGCUGGGAGACAAGUGGUGUAUGAAAGACUCCAGGAUCUUCAUGUGUCAGAGGGCAGGAUCGACAACGCAGUGGAUAUGGACAGUCUGAACAGGAACUUGCCUGAACGCGGAUGGCAGACCCAUAAGGUGUUACAGAGCACGCCACUGGAUCUGUUUGAGAGUGGCAAGGCGCUGAAGGUCCAGGCAGAGCGCCCCCAUCUGGUCAGUCUGGGCAGUGGCCGUCUCAGUACGGCCAUCACACUGCUGCCCCUUCCCGAAGGUAGGACCACGUUGGGCCAUGGGGCGAUGGACAUCAGCAUCCAGGGCCCAGGAGUUGCCGCCCAGCACUGCUACAUAGAGAACCGGGCAGGGAUCAUCACUCUCCACCCCUGUGGGAACCAGUGUGCCACAGACGGGCUUCCUGUCACCAAACCGGUCCGCCUGUCACAAGGCUGUAUGCUGUGUUUUGGCCAGUCGGCUUUUUUCCGCUUCAACCACCCAGAGGAGGCGUUCAGGAUGAAGAGCAUGAUGCCAGGGGGAAGCAGGGGCUCCGGUGGGAACUACAGAAUCCACUCAGAUACAGAGGGCCUGGUCAAUGGGAACCAUCAGUCUGGAGCGUCCCAGUCGCGCCACCCAGCCCCUGGGGAGAGAGACUCCCGCUCCGAGCAUAGUGCCAUCGUCAGCUCCAUCGAAAAGGACCUCCAGGACAUCAUGGACUCCCUAGUCAUGGAUGAUCCCCAGCCUCCCUCUUCAGACCACCCCAUCCCCCACUCCCCGCUGUCCCCCAUGGUCAAUGGAGGAGGCCGAUACCUCCUCUCCCCUCCCACCAGCCCAGGAGCCAUGUCGGUCGGCUCCAGCUAUGAGAACACCUCCCCACCCUUCUCCCCCCUGUCCUCUCCCUCGGCGGCCAGCAGCGCAGGCAGCUACACCAGCCCUUCUCCCAGCGGCUGCCUGGACCCCCAGGACCCAUCCCUGCCCCCCGUGCCGGUCCGCUCAUCCAGCUACAACUACACAACUACACCACCCAUCCCCCAGCCAAGGACCACACUGACCAACUACAGCCAUGGCGGCGGGGUGCAGAGGGUUCCUGAGAGCCCUAAGCACCAGAGGAAAGGUCUCCUGGAGGCCCCCCAGAGCCCCAAGCCAGCCCGCAGAGGCCAGAGCCUGGACAGCCCAGGGGGGGUGGGUUCAGAGAGCCCUAGACUGACCCACCUAUCUGUUGCCUCAGCCGAUGCCGGGUACAUGGGCAGGAACGCAGUGCCAAGUAGCCCCAGAUUCACGGCCAAGUUCCCCUACACCUCCUCCUCCCCAUCCAGUCCCAGGACGAAAGCGGGCACCAUACUCCAGGAGCGCCCGGCCAGCCCCUUCAGAGAGCAAGCGGACCACUCCCUCACCUCCAGCCCUUCCAGACAGCUGCUAUCCCAGCACAGCAGGGCCUUUCAGCCUCCCCUGGACCCAAUCGUCCACAUCAUCCAGGGGGGCUCUCCACUCCAGCAGCACCACCCCUUCCCCCACCCCCGCACACUGCAGCCCCCAGAGAGCCCUCGACUGUCUCGCAGGAACCUUGAGCUCAGCAGCGGGGGUAGCAGCAUGAAGGAGCUCCCUCCUCUCAGCCCCUCCAUGGGUCGCAGAGGGGUGCCUGUUCUCCCGGGGGCUCUCCCUGGAAGUAUCCCCACAUUGAGAACACCUGAGAGCCCAUCAUCAUCAGGGAAGUUGGGAGUCCCGGAGAGCCCCAGGCUCCAACGCAAGGCCGAGUCCCCCGCGGAGGACCAGUUUGGCGGCAGUGUGGUUCGAGCCCGCAGCCCCUCCCCCACAUCAGGGUUGAUGAUGAUGGAGAGCGGGGGAGGGGGUAGGAAGGCCAGCUUUGGAAAUGCCCUCUCCCCAGCUUACAGCCUGGGCUCUCUGCCUGGCUCCUCUCCUCUCGCCAGCCCCAGGGGCCAUAGGAAGAUGUCUGGGGGCCCCCGGGAUCUGAGGGGCCCCCACCCGGGCAUGCGGGAGCGCAAAAACAGCAUCUCUGAGAUCAGCGACAACGAGGACGAGCUGUUGGAGUACCACCGGCGUCAGAGAGAGGAGAGGCUCAGGGAGCAGGAGAUGGAGAGACUGGAAAGGCAGAGGCUGGAGACCAUCCUGAACCUGUGUGCUGAGUACAACAAGGGCGACGGGCCCUUGGGGGGUGAGGCAGAGGGGAGGAUGGGCUUCCCUGGGGGUCUGGGACCGGGGGAGGGGGCGGCCAGGAGACCCUCUAUGGACAGCUUGGCAGGGUCCAGCUCGCUGCGUCGUAGCAUGGCCCAGAGACAGCAGAGGGAGAGCGACGAGGAGAACCUCAAGGAGGAGUGCAGCAGUACAGAGAGCACCCAUCAGGAGGUGAGGACGCCACUUCCUCCACAGGCCCUCCACAAUGGAGACCGAUACCAGCAUGAGGAGCAGUCUGUUUCUGGCGGCGUGGAGCGGGCAGAGCUGGGUUACCUGGAGGACGAGAGGGUCAGAGUGCUGGCCCGAGUCGACGAGCUCAAAUCACGGAUUACAGAGCUGGAGCAACAGCUACAGGAGUCCAAGCAGGAGGCGGAGAUGGAGCGGGCCCUGCUACAGGGGGAGAGGCAGGCGGAACUGGACCAGAUGGAGGCAGAGACGGAGAUCAUCAGACAGCUGCAACACAAGCGCAAGGAGCUGGAGAACACCAUCCAGAGGGAGAAAGACAAGGCAUUGCCAAAUCCUGGAUGGUUUCCCAAGACCGUAUCUAGUUGGUUUUGCCAUCCCAAGGAGAGGGCAAAUGUUGACGCAGAGCGCCGAGCCCUGGCGAGCCUCCAGGAGGGCUACAGUGAGCUGAAGAACCAGCUUCAUAACUGCCCCGAGUCACUGAGGGAGCAGUUACACGAACAGCUCAAAAGGGAGGGCGAGACCCUGGAGUCAGAGACAAAACAGUUUGAGGACCUGGAGUUCCAGCAGCUGGAGAGGGAAAGCAGCCUGGAGGAGGAGAGGGAGACCAUCAGCCAGCAGCUGCUGCAGGAGAGGGCCGAGUACCACACCAGCAUGGCCAAGAGGAAGGACAAGGUGGCAGCUCUGGAAGGCCAGGCCAGUCAGCUAGGACAGCAGGCAUCUCAGGAGUGUGACAAGCUGGCUAAGGACAGGAACCUUACCCUGCAGAUGCUCCAUAAGGAGAAAGAGAGACUAUCGGCCCUGGAGAAGAGGUACCUCAGCCUUACUGGAGGAAGGACUUUCCCUAAGAGUUCCAGCACCAUGAAAGAGGAGUAUUUGACUGUGGGCCAGUUAACUCAGAUCUUUGGGAUGCCGAAGGUCGAGUCCUCCCCUACCUCUCCUCUCCGACCCCUCCAGUCAGGAGCGGGAGACCCUGCCUUCUCCUGCCUCUCCGUUCCUCACGGUUCCUCCCUCUCUCUCUCUGUUGAGUACCAGCCUGAGCGCAGUAGGCCUCAAAUCCCCACUCUCGAUUUAGAGCAGUGGUACCAGGAGGUGAUGGCUGCUGGGGUGAGCAGCCAUCUCUGCCCCCCUCUCCCAGCUAAAUCUCUCUCCCCUCGCAGGCCUAUGCAGGUGUUCCGCUCCAAGCUGGACAGUGAUGCUGGACAGACGGUACAUCAAUCCAAAGCAGGCUCCGGAUCCCAUCUGCAGUGUGGAGCUGCCACACUGGGACGCAACACAACCUCCAAGAGCCCACUGAUGGUUCCCAACAGUACCGGCAGUUUGCCACGGAACUUGGCUGCCACCAUGCAGGACAUAGAGACCAAGAGAGCGCUAGCCUUACAGCAGAAAGAGUCCUCCUUGCCUUCCACGCCUGAGUCUCCCUGCUCCACCAUGGACAAUCCCACAGACCGACAGAUAGACAGACAGACCUCUGAGCCUGGGAGCCACCAGGUGAUCGAGGAGCAGCGGCGUCGAUUGGCUGAGCUGAAGCAGCGAGCUGCAGUGGAGGCCCAGUGCCAGUGGGAUGCGCUUCACGGCUCUCAGACCCACCUCAACACCCAGUAUGCCCCUUCCCAUGCCCAAGGCCCUCCCAUGGUGCACCACUCCAUCCUGCACCACCAGCCGCCACCGGCGGGCGAGCAGCCAUACGACACACUGAGUCUGGAGAGCUCUGACAGCAUGGACACCAGCGUCUCCACCGGCAACAACUCAGCCUGCUCCCCAGACAACAUGUCCAGUGCCAGUGGGAUGGACGCGCUGAAGAUUGAGGAGAUGGAGAAGAUGCUGAAAGAAGCCCACCUAGAGAAGGCCAGGCUCAUAGAAUCCAGAGAGCGUGAGAGCCAUGCCCGUAGGCAGAUGCUGGAGGAGGAGAGGAGGCGGCGCGAGGAGGCUGAGAAGAGGCUGCAGGAGGAGACGGUGCACAGGCAGCAGCUGGUGGACAAGGAGGUGAAGAUGAGAAGCAAGAACUUCUCCCAGGCCCGUCCCAUGACUCGUUACCUGCCCAUCCGCAAGGAGGAGUUUGACCUGCGCUCCCACAUCGAGUCAUCCGGCCACAACGUGGAGACCUCUCACCACGUGAUCCUCACAGAGAAGAUGUGCAAGGGUUACCUGGUCAAGAUGGGCGGCAAGAUAAAGUCGUGGAAGAAACGCUGGUUUGUCUUCGACCGCCUCAAAAGGACCUUCUCCUAUUACGUUGACAAGCACGAGACCAAACUGAAAGGAGUCAUCUACUUCCAGGCCAUUGAAGAGGUCUACUACGAUCACUUGCGUAUUGCCACGAAGAAAGGAUUUUUCAACCUCAAUUUGGCCAAUCACUUUUCUGAGCUCCUGCCUCCUCAGUUUCGAAGAGAGAGCCCCAAUCCCUCGUUGACCUUCUGUGUGAAGACUCAUGACAGACUCUACUACAUGGUGGCCCCUGCCCCGGAGGCCAUGAGGAUAUGGAUGGACGUUAUAGUAACCGGAGCCGAGGGCUACACGCAGUUCAUGAACUAAUACUGGAGACUUGCGUAUGUUGACAUAAGGAGACUGUUUCGGCAGGAACACUUCAAGAGAUUCAGGCCUUUCCUUCUAGCGCCUCUCCCAAUAUUGGGAAAUUGCCUUUUUAUUUUGUUAAGUUCAUUAUAUCUAUUUUUAAAAUUCACGUCUCUCACUUUACAAUAUACAUUUUUUCUCCACUGGUUUUUCUACUUGCUUCUGCCCACUCAUUAAAAAAGGGAGCCCUGGAAGAGACACACACACACUGUAUAUAACCAAACGACAUAACUCUCAGACUUUCUGCUCAAAAGCCUUUCUAUAUUGCCAAAUGGAGAUCUUGUUUUAGUUAGUCUCUUGCGUGAGACAUAUUCUGUGUAUCAGUAAAUGUCUUUGAGGUUGUUGUUUUUUACACACACGUGGAAUAUUGCCAAAUGACAUAACAAUGAUUUCAAACAGAUGGUCGUUUUUUUGGAAUGUUUCAAAUAGAAUACAAAGGCAUUUGCCCAAAUCUACUUAAGUUUAUCAGUGAGCGAAAGAUGUAAAUCAUUUAAGAAAUGCUUAAAAGAAAUUCUAUUGAAAAUGGAGAAAACCGAAUUGAAAUCAGUAAGACCAUGACAACACACCAACUCAGGAGUCCAUACUUAAUUUAAGUUCCACAGAUGAAACUAGAUCUUGAUCCAUCUCUGUGAUCUUACUUUACUGAACUAGAUUCCACUGUGUCCGUCUUAUACUACUCCUAAAGACACACACAGUCUGUUUGCCAAGUCCUGAUAACUUGACCCCUUGCGUAAGCAGCCAUUCCAUCACUGCCAGCCUACAACACCAGGAGCUCUAGGGACUACAUAAAUGAGACAACAGUACAUGUCAUUAUAAUAAUGCUAAUCAUUCUGUGCCUUGAUGUGUCGUAAUACUCCUAGUCUGUAACUGUUGAUCGUGCUGGUUUACAAUCUUUGUUAACAGUAUCAGAAUUCAACAGACUUGCAUGGGGAAAGGAGAGGGGAGUCUGACUGCUGUUUUGAUGCAGCAAUACAGAAGUACAUGUGAACAGUAACAUCCCCUGAAUUCCAAGUUCCAUCCCCCACUACAGCCUACGCUCUUGUGUUGAUCUGAGAUGAUUGGUAAAGAGGUGGUAGCUACAUAUCGCUCUCUGAUACGCAAUGUGGAAUUGUCGCCAUAUACUAUUGCUUACACAGAUCUACACAAGUGCACAGGGUAUAUGGGCUUGUUUUCAGACUCAGGGUGCAUUUCAGCUUUAAUAGAACGUCAAAUGAUCUGGUAGCUUGACAAAUCAUUGUAAAGGACUCGGACAGGCGACACGAUCACAACAUUUAUAAAUCACCAUCUGAAUAUCUUUUUAAAGAAAACUAUGCUGUGAUUUUGAACAUGUAAACCUGGGUGUUUAGGUUUAUUGAGAAGCCUUGUGAAAUGUAGUUCUCUUUUUCUAUUUGUGGUUAUCCUGCCUGAGAUACAGUAGUACUGUAAACUGUCAAGUAGAGGAAAAGAGACUAG